AUGCAACUACGUUCUCUUGUAAGUGCCUUCGUUUUGAGUGCUGGUUUGGCUCAGGCUGCUAGCAGCAGCAACAGCUCUACACCCUCCAUUACAGUCAAGGGUAAUGCUUUUUUUAAUUCCGAGUCAGGACAAAGAUUUUAUAUUCGUGGUGUUGACUAUCAGCCCGGUGGUUCUUCUAACUUAACUGAUCCCUUAGCUGAUGCUUCUAUCUGCGAUAGAGACGUCCCCGUUCUGAAAGAUCUAGGAAUAAAUACGAUCAGAGUUUAUACCGUAGAUAACUCACAAGACCACACCCAUUGUAUGAAUUUAUUGCAGGACAAUGGUAUCUACUUGAUUUUAGAUGUUAACACUCCCACUAGUGCUAUUUCCCGUUUCGAUCCAGCUUGCUCCUACAACUCUGACUACUUACAAAAUGUGUUUGCCACAAUCGAUGCCUUUGCUGACUAUAGUAAUGUUCUCGGGUUCUUUGCUGGUAAUGAAGUGAUUAAUAGCGUUAAUACCACUAAUACUGCCACCUAUGUCAAGGCUGUAGUCAGAGAUAUGAAGAAAUACAUUAAGGCUAGGAAAUACAGACAAAUUCCGGUAGGUUAUUCAGCUGCUGAUAUUGUCGGUAACAGACAAUUGGCCGCCGAAUAUUUCAACUGUGGUGAUGAUGCUGAUGCUAGGAUUGAUAUGUUUGGUGUUAAUGAUUAUUCUUGGUGUGGUGAAUCUUCAUUGGUAGUAUCAGGUUAUGCCCUCAAGAUGAAGUUAUAUGAAGAUUACUCUGUCCCUGUUUUCUUGAGUGAAUUUGGUUGCAACCAGGUCAAAAGUUCCCGUCCAUUCACGGAAAUUGAAGCUAUCUACUCUACUCAAAUGUCUUCUGUGUUCUCUGGCGGGUUAGUCUACGAAUAUUCCAACGAAACUAACAAUUAUGGGUUGGUUCAAAUUAAUGGUGACAAAGUCACUAAGUUGACGGAUUUUGAAAACUUGAAAAACGAAUACGGUAAAGUAUCUGACCCACGAGGUGAUGGUGGUUACAGUACUUCCUACAACUAUUCUACAUGUCCAGAAUAUGAAAAAAAUGUUUGGGAAGCUAACAAUACUUUACCAGAAAUGCCAAGUGCUGCCUCAGUCUAUUUCAAAUCUGGAGCAGGUUCCCCAAUGGGAACUGGCAUUGCCACACAACAAAGUUGUGAUUCUAAGGAUGAUGACGAGGACGACGAAGACACUUCUUCUUCUUCUUCUGUUUCUUCAUCCUCGGAAUCAUCAUCUUCGACUUCCAAGGUAUCCUCCUCUUCCUCUUCUUCCUCUUCGGCUUCCAUAAGUGAAACUAGCUUGGUAAAAUCCGCCGCAUCUGCCACUUCAUCCAGUCAAUCGUCCUCAAAAUCAAAGGGCGCUGCUGGAGUCACCAAGAUCCCAUUAGUUUUCCGUGCCUUUGCUGAACUUUAUAAUUUAAUUUUAUGA